AUUGCCACUUGAGCCAAACCAGAACAGUUUACACCCUCAGCAUGAACAUCAUACUUGAAUUUUUCUCAGCCUUGGCUGUGAUCAUAGUGUUGUCGUGGUGGUACCUCUUCUUAAAAAACUACAAAGUUGGCAAAUUUUUCAAAAAUUUCUCCGGCCCUCCGGGCGUUCCACUCCUCGGCAAUGCGCUCGACUUCAAGAAUAAAACCAAAGGCGUCUUGCCGGCUUUCCUCAAUUAUAACAAAAACUUCGGCGGACUUGUGAAAGUCCAAAUCGGACCGUUCCGGAAACUGCUCCUAGUCUCGGACUACAAAUUUCUGGAAUUCGUCUUAAGUUCGACGAAAAUUAUCAACAAAUCGCAGAAUUAUCGGACAAUGUUGCCCUGGCUGGGCACCGGCUUGCUCACAAGUGAGGGAAUUAAGUGGAAGAAACACAGAAGGAUUAUCACACCGACGUUCCAUUUCAAAAUUUUGGAACAAUUUAUCAAUUCCUUCGACGCUGCUGGCGAUGUUAUGAUCAAUAAACUGCGAAAGAAGGUGGGAAUUGAGAGCGUCGAUAUUUACCCUUUUGUCACACUUUGUGCCUUAGAUAUUAUUUGUGAAACAGCAAUGGGUACCACUAUAAAUGCCCAAAACAACGAGGAAUCCGAGUAUGUCACAAGUGUGAAAGAAAUGGGCCGUAUUAUCAUCGAACGUGCAAUUGCCCCACAAAAAAAUAACGAAUUUUUGUUCCGCUUCACUAAAGACUACCAGCUUCAGAAAAGUGCGUUGAAAGUCUUGCACAAUUACACCAACAACGUGAUCAGCAAACGACGGGAAGAACUCCUAAAAGACCAAGCGUCCAAAGUAAGCGAGAAUGUGAUCGACAUGGGGAUUAAGAAAAAAAUGGCCUUUUUGGACCUGCUUUUGCAAGCCACUGUCGACGGACGGCCUCUAACCAACGAAGAAAUAAGAGAAGAAGUUGACACGUUCAUGUUUGAAGGUCACGACACCACGGCUUCAGGCAUCAGUUUUGCACUGUAUUGUCUAGCCAACAACCCCGAAGCUCAGGAAAAGGCGUACGAAGAACAAGUGGCACUUUUCGGCAAAGAGAAGAAACCGAUUGUGAGCUACUCCGACCUGCAGGAAAUGAAGUAUUUGGAGCUUGUGAUCAAAGAAGCGCUCCGUUUGUACCCCUCGGUGCCGUUCUACGCCCGGGAAACCAACCAGGAGGUCGAGUUCGGCGAUAUUAAGAUCCCCAAAGGUGUGAAUAUCACAAUUUUCGCUUACGGCAUCCACCGGGACCCGAAAUAUUUCCCAGAGCCGGACAAGUUCGAUCCCGGCAGAUUCGAAACGAUCGAUGGCAAACUGCCUUAUGCUUACAUACCGUUCAGUGCCGGCCCUAGGAAUUGCAUUGGGCAAAAAUUCGCAAUGUUGGAGAUGAAGAGCACGAUUUCGAAGGUGUUGAGGAAUUUCAAACUGUGUCCAGCGACGCCCCAUCACACGUUGGACCUUGUGGCGGAAACUGUACUUAAGUCCGACAAUGGGGUUCGACUUUCGCUGAUGGAGAGGCAAUAACAUAUUGUUAUGUCUGUUAUUUAUCAGUAUCUAAUUUUUAUAUGUUUUAUUAUUGUUUUAAUAAAUAAACUAUUUUUUUAAA